UCCCAGCAGCAGUUGAAGGCAUCAUGAAACCCUGAUCCAUUGAUCCGGAGAUCCAGGCGCCGGUAGGACUCCUGUGUUUCCACGCCUCCCACUUUCACCCCCAUUGUGGUGAAUCCCCGGCUCACACACACUUUGCCAGACUUCCAGGAGUUGGAGUGACUGACCGAAGACGGAACACCGACAACAUUUAAAAAAGAAAAGAAAAAACAUCUUCUCUCACCCAUGGAUCUAAUUUCUUCUCUUGAGGGAUUUCAAGGGGUUGCAAUGGUUUGCGCUGCUGGAAAUUGUGGAGACUUGUACCGGAGAGAAAGGGCUCACGUACUCUCCGCUGCAAAGUUGUAAAAGUAGUUUCCCUUGAAGUUUUUUUUCCGCCACCAAUUCAGACUCGGUGUUUCUCCAGCCUGUAGACCCACAGCCAUCAUGGCGAGGCGGACAGGGGAGAAACCUCUGGCUGUGACGCCGAAUACGCGCGCUGCUUUCCGGGAUAAACACCUUCGGUUUCACGGGGGCUUGUUGGCUUUUUCGUGGAACUUCGUUUUAAUCUGCUCGGCUCUUUCUUGUGGAUAUUGCGGAGCUGAGACGGACUUUUCCAUCCUGGAAGAAGCGCAAGUUUUGGCCGAGCAGAUGAAAAAGCUGUCCUCGCAGGAGCUGGGAGUCUUUACUAUGCAGAGGAUUUUCAACUCGUUUGUGUACACCGAGAAGACAUCAAACGGAGAGACAGAAGUGCAGCAGUUGGCCAAAAAGAUUCGUGAAAAGUUUAACCGGUACCUGGAUGUGGUGAACAGGAACAAACAGGUGGUGGAGGCCUCGUACACCGCUCACCUCACCUCCCCACUCACUGCGAUACAGGACUGCUGCUCCAUACCUGCAUCAAUGAUGGAGUUUGAUGGAAACUUCAAUACCAACGUCUCCAAGACCAUCUGCUGUGACAGACUUUCCCCCACCGUCAACAGCCGAGCCUUCAACCCUGGACGGGACCUCAACUCAGUGUUGGCAGACAACCUGAAGUCCAACCCGGGGAUAAAGUGGCAGUACUUCAGCUCAGAGGAGGGCAUCUUCACAGUCUUCCCUGCCCACAAGUUCCAAUGCAAGGGAAGUUACGAGCACCGCAGCAGGCCUGUGUAUGUGUCUGCGGUGCGUCCCCAGUCUAAACACAUCGUGGUGAUGGUGGACCACGGAGCGUCUGUGACUGACACCCAGCUUCAGAUCGCCAGGGACUCAGCACUGGUCAUCCUCAACGGCAUAGAUGAACAUGACAAGAUCUCUAUUCUGUCAGUGGCAGAGACGGUUCGCUCCUGUUCUCUGGACCAGUGCUAUAAGAGUCUGCUCUCCCCAGCCACCAGUGAGACCAAGAGGAAGAUGAGCACCUUCAUCUCUAACAUCAAGGCCUCUGAUGGAGCCACACAGCACGCAGCAGGCUUCCAGAAGGCUUUCCAGCUGCUCCGAAACACCAGCAGUCUUUGCAAACAGAGUACCACCACAGACAUGGUGAUCAUCUAUUUGUCGUCUGGUAUCACGUCUCGAGAGUCGUCAGAGCAGGAGAAGAGAGCGACGCUCAGUGUGGUCAGAGAGGAGAACCGACACCUCAACAACUCAGUUAUGAUCCUCACCUACGCUCUCAUGAAUGAGGGAGUAACAGGCCUGAAGGAGCUGGCGUUUUUGAGGGAUCUUGCAGAGCAGAAUUCGGUGAAAUACGGUGUCGACCGAAUGUCCGACCGAGACCGCUCCUUUGUGGUGUCCUCAUCUGGAUCAGCAGGAGCUUCCAUGAUGCCGGUGGUGAAGGGAAGCAUGAUGGUACUAAACCAGCUGAGCAACCUGGAGACAACAGUGGGCCGCUUCUACAUUAACCUGCCCAAUCGCAUGAUCGACCUGGCCCGCUUCAGCCUGCCCUACUCUGACCCAAUGGGAGAUGGGUUUAUUAUGACCGUGAACCGGCCGUGUUAUUUCGGUAACCUGCUCCUGGGCGUGGUUGGGGUGGAUGUGAACUUGGCCUACAUCUUGGAGGAUGUCACCUACUACCAAGACUCACUAGCUUCAUACACAUUCCUCAUUGACAACAAAGGUUACACCCUGAUGCAUCCAUCACUGACACGGCCCUACCUGAUGACUGAGCCUCCCCUGCACACUGACAUUAUCCACUAUGAGAAUAUCCCAGCAUUCCCUGUUGUCCGGCAGAACAUCCUCGGCCUCCCUCUGGGCAGUCAGGUCAUCACUGUGCCAGUCAACUCCUCUCUGUCCUGGCACACCAACCGACUCAGAGACAACAGCAAAGACGCAUACAAUGUCAGCUACGCCUGGAAACUGGUUCAGGACACGUCGUUCAUCCUGUGCAUCGUGUAUGUUCAGCCUGAGAUACCAGUGAAGCAGCUGAAGAACCUGAACACAGCUCCCAGCUCCAAGCUACUGUACCAUCGUUUAGACCUGCUGGGUCAGCCCAGCUCCUGCCUGCACUUCAAACAGCUUGCCACAGUUGAGUCCCCCACAGUGAUGUUGGCAGCUGGUAGUUUCUCCUCUCCCUAUGAGCACCUCAGUCAGCCAGAAACAAAGCGCAUGGUGGAGCACUACACCGCCUACCUGAGUGAUAACACCAGGCUCAUAGCCAACCCAGGCCUCAAGUCCUCUGUCAGGAACGAGGUUAUGGCGACCAGUCACGUCACGGAUGAGUGGAUGACACUAAUGGAAAUGAGUAGCCUCAACUGCUACAUUGUGCGACGUUACAUAGCAACGCCCAGUGGGGUGCUCCGGAUUUACCCAGGAUCACUGAUGGACAAAGCCUUCGACCCGACCCGCAGACAAUGGUACCAGCAUGCUGUGGCUAACCCUGGCCUCAUCACCUUCACGGGACCAUACCUGGAUGUGGGCGGGGCGGGCUAUGUUGUCACCAUCAGCCACACCAUCCAUGCCUCCAGCUCUCAGAUGGCCCCUGGUUAUGCAAUUGCAGUGAUGGGUAUAGACUUCACCUUACGCUACUUCUAUAAGGUCCUGCUGGACCUGCUGCCCAUCUGCAACCAGGACAAGGGCAACAAGAUCAGGUGCUUCAUAAUGGAAGACAGAGGGUACCUGGUUGCUCACCCCACUCUCAUUGACCCCAAAGGUCAUGCCCCUGCAGAACAACAGCACAUCACACACAAGGAGCCGCUAGUGGCUAAUGACAUCCUGAACCAUCCCAACUUUGUCAAGAAAAACCUGUGUAACAGCUUCAGUGACCGCACAGUGCAGCGCUUCUACAAGUUCAACACCAGCAUAAUGGGGGACCUAACCAACCUGGUCCAUGGUAGCCAUUGUUCUAAGUACCGUCUGACCCGAAUCCCCGGCACCAAUGCCUUUGCUGGUAUCGUCAACGAGACGUGUGACUCUCUGGCAUUCUGCGCCUGCAGCACCGUGGACCGACUCUGUCUCAACUGCCACAGAAUGGAACAAAAUGAAUGUGAGUGUCCAUGUGAGUGCCCCCUGGAGGUCAAUGAGUGUACUGGCAACCUCACCAAUGCUGAAAACAGGAACCCAAGCUGUGAGGUGCAUCAAGAGCCAGUCAGUCUGAAUGUGAUUGAUUCCAGUCUGCAUGACACCCUGCCCCAGUGUAUCAACACUCGCUGUAGCCAGAGAUACACCAGCAGUGACUGUUUCGGCGUGUUGGACUGCGAGUGGUGCAUGGUGGACAGUGAUGGUAAGACUCAUCUCGAUAAGCCAUACUGUGCUCUGCAGAAGGAGUGUUUCGGGGGCAUCGUCGGCGCCAAGAGCCCCUAUGCGGAUGGCCUGGGACUCCUAGAUGAGGAGGUGGCAUCUCUGAACAUGAUCAAGAGCGCCCCUGUGGGUCCAGUUGCUGGGGGCAUUAUGGGAUGCAUCAUGGUGUUAGUGCUGGCUGUGUAUGCAUACAGACACCAGAUCCACAGGCGUUCGCACCAGCACAUGUCACCGCUGGCGGCACAGGAAAUGUCAGUGAGAAUGUCCAACCUGGAUAACGAAAGAGAUGAGAGGGAUGAAGACAGCCAUGAGGACAGAGGAAUCAUCAGUAAUACUCGAUUCAUUGCUGCGGUGAUUGAGCGGCACACUCACACUCCUGAGCGGAGACGGAGGUACUGGGGACGAUCUGGGACAGAGAGUGACCAUGGCUACAGCACCAUGAGUCCGCAGGAGGACAGCGAGAAUCCACCCGGAAACAACGACCCGCUCUCGGCCGGUGUCGACGUUGGUAACCACGACGACGACCUCGACCUGGACACGCCUCCUCAGACGGCCGCAUUGCUCAGCCACAAGUUUCACCCCUACCGGCACACGCAUACACACCACCACCCGCUGCACACGCACACGCACCACCUGCAGGCCGCGGUCACCGUGCACAGUGUGGACGCAGAGUGCUGAUCUCCAGCACGGCACUCACCUUCCUGCCAGGGAUGGAACUUUUUUUUUUAUUAAAGACUGUUUUUAUAAACAUUUGUGCUUGAUUAGACAGCACACAGUAAGUGCUGUCAGGAUGGACGGAGGGAGAGAGAAGCCACAGCUGUCACUGGGCCGCUUGGACCUCCGCCAUGAAUGGAUGUUUAGCUUAACAUGGGUAUUAGCUCUCAUUGUGCCAACAUCUCCAUCUCAACGCCCUUUUUAUUUUAUUUUAUUUUUUAACCCCAGUCCAAAAUCUGGCAGGUGUACACAGUUUACACACACUACCAGAAAACUACCAGACCUGGGCCAGUAAAAAUAACCAAAUGGGAUUUUUUGUUUGUUUUCUGAAGGAAUUUGGCAUUCAGGACUCUGUAAGAGCACACAACAACCUUUGGGAGCAAACAAAAACGCUGUUUGAGCCCAUUCAUUGAGGAGAGGACACAACUGGAACCCAAAAGCCUUGGGAGAGAACAAACGUCGUCAUUUCCAUGUUGAAGGCCAGAGCAAACACUUCAUAGGACCAAAGGAUAAUCAAAUUAACAUCUAGAUGCUCAUUGGACCUGUUUUGCAGCAGGGCUCCAUCCUAGCCUCCACACAGGUUGUUUCCCUAUUAAGCCCACUUGGGGUGAGGGGCAGGAGGGGAACAGAGCACUCCUUACAUUUGCGAAAACUUAUCAGAUGAAGAGUAAAAAUACUGUAUUUUCACUGGGAUCAAAUGUGGGAUCCGGCAUUCUUUACUCUCCUUGGUUCUGCAGAUAGACACUCCACAGUUGGUUUUCUCUGAAAGUUGCUGCCUUCAUCCAAAGGAGUAGCUGCUGGCCUUACACAACAUGGUUUGGGAAGAUAUUUUGGACAUUGUCAUCAGUGUCUGUGAACUUCAAAGUACAAAAAAUCUUCAAUGAUUCACGUAAAUAUAGGAAAAAACACUUUAAAGAAGAAAAGAUUAUUUUUCUACUAUUUAUUGAAGAGGUAGAUUUUCUGGACAGAUGAGCAAGCAGCUGCCGCUAACACAAACAAGAAAGUAGUCAGGAUAAGUGAUGCAUACCAACCCACUUCCUGUAAGCAGUGCAUCAAAUUUAGGGCUCAUUAUUUUCAAAAUAAAAAUCUGUGACUGGUUGUGUUUGUUUGAAUUUUACAACACAACAGACUAGGGUGCUUAAUCAGAAGCUCAUUUGGAUUUUCUUUACAUUUUUCUCUUAACUUUCUUUUACCAGAAGCAUAUUUUAGCAUAUAUAAGCUAUCCUCUCCACCAGUAGAUCCCAUUCACUAUAUAGUGUGGUUAACAGUGUCUUCUUCAAGCAGGAAACAUGUUUGGAUGAGCAGGGACAUAAAAUCUGAGCCAGAAUCAGAUCUGGUCCUUUCAAAAAAUUCCUGGUAUAUUUUGGUAAAUAUGUUAAAAAAGAAAAGAAAAAAAAACCCGAAAACGAUGAGCCUUAAUCACAUAAUGUGUCAGCGCAGUUAGGAGGAAGUGGUCUUUGACAUAUAGCACAUUUUUCUUUCUGUAUUCACAGUUCUGAGUCACUGAGGUAUUUGUGUUCUUCUAAGGUAAAACUUGCUGUGCAGAGCAUCCUCAUUCUGGACAUGUCCUCUGUAUCAGGAGGCAGCCUCCUGGGGAUGGAGGAGGGAAGUGAGAAACCAAACCCCCCCACCCACCACCCCCCAAAAAAACACAACUUUUUGCCUCUUAGGCCGAGCUGAUACUGUAUGUAUGCUGGCUGUGUGCUGGAUUUGAUGCAAAACAAGUUGAAUUUCCAGUGAUGCCCAAGAUAUGGAGUCUCCUUCUCAUCAAAGAGAGUGAAAGAGGGAGAGAUGCUGCUGUUGUUGUACAGAGGUAACACCCAUCUGUCGGCUCCUCUGUGGUUAACCACUCAUAAUGUUUUUUCUACACGUCUCUGGUUUAACUGUGUGUGUGUGUGUGUGUGUGAGUGAGUGUGUGAGUGAGUGAGUGAGGAAUGAUUAUCCACCUGGAAUAUUUUAAUUGAAUUAUUGUAUUUUGUUUUUUCAAGAUAGUAGAGAAUUAUAGGUGAAAUUAUGACUGAUAAAUCCACUUAUUUUUAUUCUGAUGAAGAGUCACUUGACCCGAUCUGUGCUUCGUGGGUUUGAUUGUUCAACUGGUCAACUUACGUCAGUGUGGCAUCCAUUUAUUUCUGGGUGCAAAAAUGUUUUCCAGAGAUUCAUUAUGAAGUGUAAAUACAGAAUCACAAAUAGCUAUUAGUGUCCUGUACACUCCAUAUUUUUUUAUGUUGGUAAGACAUGAUGUAUGCUUCAAAUGAUGCUCAGCUAUUCGGGUUGAUAUUUUGAAUUGUCUGUUCAUUGUGUCUCACUAUAUUUUUGAUGCCUUGGAUGUGUUUUUUUAGAUUUAUUUUUCUUUAGGUCCAUAUUGGAUGGAAGUCAGUACAUGCAAAAAUGAAUACACACUUUUACGUUUGAGAGACUUCUAGUUUUAAAAGUUUUAUCAUGUGUCUUCAAAAUGUUAAAGAAAGCUUAUCUCUCCAUGAACUAAUUUAGAUUUGCAAAAAAAAAGGCACUACAGUACAUCAUUUCACUGAGUAAUGACCAAAACAACACCCUUGUAGUGGAUUCAGGGUUUACAGUAGGUUGCUGUAAGCCGUGCUAUGGUUCUGUUGCUACUAAGACUGUCAGCCAUAUUCAUUUACAGCUAUUUUAGUGUGUUUGUCACUUUAGUAGAAUAUUUACAUUUGCACAACCAAUGUGAACCCGUUUAAGUUUUCACCUCUGAUAGAAUAGACAGAAUAAAACAUACUGGUAUCAUCUGAGUACACUUUGAUGCUAGAAAAUCUUCAAAGUACUACUGUUCUCGAACUCAUUGGAUGGUGUAGUGGGUUAAAUAUUCCACUCAAGAUUUGGUUUAUGCCUUCAGACCAUUUAUUGUUGGAAGUUUGAUCUUAUGAACCAGAUUUAUUCAUCUGCAGUCAUUUAUAAUAUAAAUCCAAAAUUGUCCUGUUUUCACCACUUCACAUGGUACAUAAUUUUGGUUCAGUUCACAUCGAAGCAGUCUUGUAGCAUUUCAGGGCAAUCUUUAGAUCAAGUGCAGUCUUGAGAGUAUAUUUCGAUGUGUGUGUGUGUGUGUUAGGGCAAAUUUUAUUCUCCAAGUUGAGUGUAUUGUUAAAACAUUUCUUUCUGAAGAACUUAUGAACAGUAUUUACCAGCUGUUGUAAACAAGUAUAUGUGUGUGUAACACUCUGAAUCGCAUUAAUUAAUGUACUGAAGGAACGUGUACAUCACCCCCCUCAUGUAUCAUAUAAAGUUAUCAACUUGAGAUUUAUUGCAAUGUGAAUGUGAUAAAGUCCAUUUUACACUUAAA